AUGGCGUUUGUUCUGCAGACAUAUGCAGACCAUCGCGGGAUCCUCAGCUCCUUCUACUUCAGCAGGCGAGUGUCUAGCCGAUGGUUUGCCGGCAGCAUGGCCGUCGCUCGGCCCAAGGUGAACGGCAAGUUUCGCUUGGACGGCCCAGGCAACGUGGAGACCAGACACUUGGCAAAGCAGACAUCACAGACACAGGUCUCGGUGUUGGACAGGUCUCGGAUGUGUCUCCCAGAGAUGGGCAAUAGGUCAUCCACGAAGGACGGACUCGGACUCCAGGACUGGGUAGAAGGGGAUUGGAAGCCGAAAGGGGGCUUCCACCGGCCCUCCUUGGGGCGACAGCUCCGGCUGCUGGGCGAAUGGACGGUGGAACACCUGGGCCACGAGGACUUGCAAGGCACUGCCUUGGGCGCUUUGGCCUUGGACUCGACGGCUGAGGGGCUGCGAUACUUCGAGGUCCACAUUGACGAGGUGAUCGAGGGCAAAGCAGACGGACUGGCGAUCGGCGUGACCAGUCACAGGCCCGAGGAGAUCCUGGAGCCGCCGAGCUCCUCGGACGCCCUGCGCCCCGCGUGGCUCGUGGGCUUCGAUGGCGCCGCCUGGGAUGGACAGCGCAUGGAGUGGUUCUUGAGCACCUGGGACACGCGGCAGCUCCGCGCCGGCGACGCUGUAGGUGCCUUGGUGGACGCUCAGGGCGUCCUAAGGAUCUUCGUGAACGGCACUCAAGUGGUGGCCAGGGGUCCCACCAUCCCGCUGCAAGUGCAGGCUUUGUACCCUGUGGUGGACUUGUUGGGGGCUGUGAAGCGCCUCUCUUUGCUGCCGGUGGUGGGCGCGAAGAUCCUGUUGUCGGAGGAUGGAAGCAGUGCACAGAGGGCCACCUACGCGAGUAGCGCCUGGGAAGGCGGCUUAGUUUUUUGGAGAUGGACCUUUGCCAGCGCGCGCCGAUGGCGCCGUGGGCUUCUCGUUGCGUGUCACCGCGGCGGCACAGCUGGGGGAUUCGGAGGGCUUGGCUUUGGGCUUCACCACGCGACCCCCCAACGAGCUGGAGACCUUGCCCAGCACGGCGGACGAGGUCGAUCCCUCAUACCUGCUGGGCUUCGAUGGCGCGGCCUGGGAUGGCUCCGCACUGAAGUGGCAUUUCAGCCACUGGCAGCCGCAGACCCUCAAGGCGACUCGGCGGCACCAGCACCAGAUCGGCGCGUCAAGACCUGGUCUUCCACGUCUCGCGGGUCUCGGAGCUGGUGGGAGAACGCUGCAGCUGGUUCUGCAGGUGGAUGGUGA